AUGCCACCCAGAUGUCUCCCCCUCUCAGGGAACCUUGCGAAGCCUUCCACACUCGCUCGGAGUUCCCAAUCGUUAGCACGCACCUUCACCAGCACCGCGGCGGUUCUCGCCAACCCACUCGAACGGAGAAGGGGCGGCGAUCUCGGAUCGCAUCUUCCCAAAUAUAUCAUUCCACAGAAUGUAAAGAUACCAGAAUAUCCAUACGGUACUUCGGAGCUAUUCAAGCAGCAAGACAAGGGUCUGUACGGCGGCAAGAUGAUCCAUUUCGGCAAUAAUGUCUCCAAAAAGACAGAGACUAAGACGCGGCGGUAUUGGAAGCCCAACGUUCUCAACAAGGCCCUGUACUCUGUAGCUUUGAAGAAGAAGAUAAAGUUGCGGGUCACCUCGAAUGUUAUCAAGCAGAUCGAUCGCGAGGGCGGGCUGGACGAGUACUUACUCAAGCAAAGCGAUAGCCGCGUCAAGGAGCUCGGCCCGCUCGGCUGGGCGCUUCGAUGGACGCUCCUACAGAGACCAUCUGUCGUACGGCGAAUGCGCUCCGAGGCCGCUGCACUUGGCGUACCGCAGGACGAGAUUGAUGCGCAGUGGCCCGAGCCACCCUCCGUGGACAUGACCCCUGAAGAGCUCGAAAGCUUCGAUGACGCCGCCCUUGACGCACUCGAAUACUUGGAAGGGGGAAAGAUGGCCCAGGCUGAGGAAGCAAAAGCCGACAAAGAGCUCCGACGAACGAAGCAUCAGAUUUCGGUCGACGCUGCUCGGUCUUUCAGAGAGAUCACUUUCGCGGCGCAUAGGUACGUCAAGUGCGGGAUGGUGGACACUAUGGAGCAAGGCAUUAAGCUCGCAUAUCUGAGGGAGGACCAGCGGGCGGAGUCACGCCAGCGCAACUUCGGACGACUCAAGGCCACGGUUGAGGACAAGUACGGCAGAACGUUCGAGGACGAUUGGGCGCUCAAACAGGCAAUCGAGAAGUACCGCAAAGAGGUGAGGAAGGAGGUCGCAGAGAAGUUCGGGGGUGAUCAUAAGGAGUACCGGGAUCAGAAGAGCCCUGAUGGCGCAGCCAAAAUAGCCGCCGCGGUCGCAGAAGCAGGGACUGAGGAGGCACUGAAGGCGCAGCAGAGAGCCCUAGCCUUGAAAGAGCUCAGCGAUUCUGAGAGGGCGCUCUCUGACGAGAACACUACUGAGGACGAGCGUGUGCGCAUUGAAUCAGCUCUCCAACGGGCGCAACAGACCAUCGAUGCUGAAACAAAGGCAGCCUACAUCGAGCAGUCUUUGGCCAGGUGGGAGCAGGGCCAUGAAGACAAGUGGCCACUGAAUAGUGUCUCUAGGGAAGAGGGGUUGGGAGAGGCCUGGGAAGAGGCUGCGCAAUUUGAGCAGGGUGGUCUUGCACAAGGAUGGGAUGCAUUAGCAGACCCGGAGCCAGUACGUGAGAAACCGCGGGUAUAG